UCCAUAGUCUUUUCUCAGAGAUACGUGUCGAUUCGACCAGCUCGUGUAUGAAUUCAUUUGAAUGCGAACACGUUUGUGAACAUGCAAAUUUAGCUUUGCAACACAGCAACACUGACUGGAAGGUUAACUCAACCCUGUAACAUAGUGUAGAAAAGAUACUACAAAAAUUUUUUCACACACGGACUGAGUGAUUUUCGUCUGCCAUUAAUUUUUGUGGAAAAAUCAUAUAAUGGCAAAAAGGCUCUGAACAAGCAGCAGGAAUACAAAGGAUAUACGGUUUUGAACACUAUUGCAGCGGAGAUCAAUCAAUCAACCAAGAGCGGGAAAUAUUUUCUUUCUAUCCUGAAAACAAGUUGGACUAUAAAGCGGACAAGAGGUAGCGUUUUGUGAACAUUGUAAUUCGUUACAUUUUUUUGCUAUUCGUCGUCAUAACCGCCUCAGUGUGCAACACCCUGAUAUAACAACAAUAACAACAACAACAACAACAUAACCGCCAGUCAUCGUCGAACGUUUGUGAGUUGGCCAAGUCUGCGAAUUACCUAGGCCUUUUGUGGUGGGAUCAAAGGCAAAUUGUUUUUGCAAGCGAAGACGUAGUAGCAUCGUUAUAACAUCAUAUUUGCAAUACAACAAUAACUACAACUAUUUAAAAUAAACAUAUAUAUGUACACACUUCACUUCAAACUUAGAGAGUAAUUUAAAGAAAAAACAAAAAAAAAAACAAAAAUAUUGCAAAUAGUAACAAUUUUACUACAAAAACACAACAUAUUUCAAAUAUUUCGUGAUUCUUUCAAACAACCAAACAAAAAUACAAAGGAAAAAACAAAUAGAAAAAACUCAAUUCUAAAACACCAUUUAAAAAAAGAAAAACUAAAAUUGCAGCAAAUAGUAAUAAUAAUGAUAAUAGAGAACCAAACCCAUUAAAUGAUAUUAAUCAACAAUAUUUAAAAACAAUCAAACCACAAUAUUUAAUGAAUAUUUAUCAAUGAAGCUUUUUACACAAUAUUUGCUCUAACGAAUAAAGAAAAACUAACUAAAGAAGUAAGCAUAAUAACGAAACUCAAUUGAAACGCGUAAAAAUCACCAACUAUAGAAUCAAUCAAUAGCGUAAAACAGACAUACAAAAACAACCCCAGUGGCUUUUGGCGAAAAAAUAACCCUGCUUCUUGAAAAUACAUCAGAGAUUUUGAAAUCGCACCACCCUGCUUAAUUGGUAUUUUUGAAGAGCUUGUGUACUUUUUGGUGAACUUGUAGCAACCACAACAAAACAACCAAUCAAAAAUUCUCCAAGGCUUUAGCACAUACGUAUAUCAGAUCAAAAAGAAAGACAAACUCGCAGAGUAAAUAAAGGCUAUAGAAGGGGCUCAGACCUCUCAGUUGCAAGCGUUUAAUCUCCAACUUCAAAUUCAAAAAGUUACACUGCGUCACGCGUCAUAGAGGCUUUAUAUAUGGCAACCUUAGAGGAUUUUGCACCACAUAUCUUAAAUAGCACCACCGUGACCUCAAACACCUCGUCUGCGACCACAAACAUUGCCACUACCGCCGACUCAAGUAGCUGCUCCUUUUCCACCGUCUUGGACUCGUCAUCGAUCACGGCUGUUGCCAAAGCAUUGGAAGCUUCUAGUUUUAUAGCGACCCCAUCUAGCGCUUCCACUGUGGAUUCAAUAGUUGACAAGUUGGUCAACUCGUUGGACUUGAACGACACCUUAAUAGCGAACGGCGGUUGUAAUCCCAUAGCAAAGGAUAUAAAAAGCAUUUCUUCUCGUUCUUCGUCGGUUGCCGGCAGCUUGACCCUAGGUGGGCUGGGCGGUGGCAACAUGUUUAGUGAAGUGUUUGAAAGCAAUGUGGGCUCUGAGCUUGAGUCUGGUUCCUUGGAAGACACGUCGGGUUCGUUGUGUGAAGGCGAUGUUGAUAAGAAUUGCAAGAUUUGCAGUUCGCGCCUGCAGUCGCCUCGUGUUCUAUCAUGCCUUCAUGUCUUUUGUGAGUCAUGCCUCUGUAAGUUACUUAACGAAGAUUCCUCGGGAGGCAGUCUUUCUUCCUCAUCGUCCACUUCUUCGGUGGGUGGGGAAUUGAUUCCCGUUUCCAAUUCUUGCGGAAAAUCGCAGAUCAAGUGUCCAGUAUGCAAGCAAAUCACUUCGGUUGGUCCUAAAGGUGUGAAAUCUUUGACAUGCGAUUACAUUUUAACCAACAUUUUGGAUUUGGCCACCAUUGAAUCGGAGCAAUUGCAUUGUACCUCUUGCAAGAGCAAGGAGAAUGCAAUUUCCCGUUGCAAUGAUUGUGCCAAUUUCUUGUGCAGUGGCUGCGAUAAUGCCCACAAGUAUAUGCGAUGCUUUGAGAAUCACGAAGUCGUCAAGUUGGAAGAUUUGCAAAAAACUUCGGAUGGCGAUAAGCCAUUGAUUAUCCAUAAGCCAUUGUAUUGCAAUGUGCACACAUCAGAGAAUCUCAAGUAUUAUUGUUUUAAUUGCCAAAUACCGGUGUGUAAUGACUGUUUGAUAGCUGAUCACAAGGGUAGUGAACAUCACUAUGAUAUCAUAGCGUUGGCCGAGAAAUCCGUGCGAGGUGACGUUGAGAAUCUUAUGAAGGAGGCCAAAUCGAAGGUGCAAUAUUGCGACGAAGCAGACGCAAAUUUAUCUAGCGCUCUUACCGAGUUACAAACUCAACAUGAUUCAGCACGCGAUCUCAUCCAAGAGACCUUUGAAAACUACAAGAAGGUUAUAGAAAAGUGUCGCGAUCAAGCCUUGGUGGAACUAAAGAAACUGCAUUCUGAAAGAGUUUUGAAAAUUAUGGAUUUAAUGCAAAAUAUUCAGAACACCAUGUGUAAAAUCGAUAACACAUGCAAAUUUACCAAUCGCGUAUUGGAGCAGGCAAACGCAGCUGAAUUUCUAUCAAUGAAGAAGUUGAUUGCAUCUCAAUUUAUUAACAUGAUUAAUACAACACCGAAAUGUGAUAUUAACUAUUCGCUAACGUUUGAUACGAAGCCGGAUAAGUUUGAACAAUUGGCCCAGGAUACUUUUGGAAAGUUCCGCACAGAAUCUACUCCGCCAUCGCCAAAAGAAAGUACCCCACCACCAACUUUGCCUGGAAUGCCUCCGAAUAUGAUUAACGGCCGCGUCGGCGGUUCAUGCAGUGGCGGAAGCGGUGGUGCAAUGAAUUGUUCCAAUAGCUCUCAGAGUCAGAUGGCCAGCUCAGUAACGGCCAGCAGCCCAAUUUCUUUGCCAACUUCCAUGCAAAGUUCCUUUGAUGGUGACAUCUAUGCUUUGGGCAAUGGUUUCAUGAUGUCUAACGUACUUACCCCAGAUUCUCCUCCGCAAGGUCAAUCUGUAUUACCACCACAUCACCAUCAAUUGCAACAUCAGAACAGCACUUCUUCCCACCACAGCAGUGUUAGUGGCUUUAAUGGCAUUGGUUCCAUCGCAUCCGGCAAUGGCAACAACUUAAAUAACAACAUGAAUAAUACAUCACCUGCAUUCAAUGGAUCUCUUGGUAACACACCACUCGGUUCGGGCCCAAAUGGCUCACUAAUGGGUAACAACGGCCUUAACGGUCUCAACAACUCUGGACCCCCGGCGGGCAUGAAUGCCUUGAAUAAUCCUCUUAAUAACAGUCUUACUGCUGCUCUGAACGGUCCUUUGGGCGGAAAUGCCGGCGUUGCUGCUGUACCACCACCAGGUGGCUUUAAUAGCAUUCUCGAAUACAAUUUAUCUCGUCUUGCCAGUCUUACUGAAAACACACCAGACACCCUUAAUGACCCUCUAGUAGGCUCGCCCAGUGGACCCACCAAUCAAUCAGUUGUUCCAGCUGCUAAUGCACAAAAUCAGCCAAUCACUCUGGCCGACAUUUUGUCCGGUGAUCAAAGAGCUUUCAACAAUUUACAAGCUCUUGCUAAAUUGGGGCUAAACAAUAAUGAUUUUCACACAGACAUUACAAGCAAUCAGCUAUUAACGAAUGGACCCUCACCAACUGGAUUUGAUUGUUUAUUACCAGAUUACUGCCUAUCCACAGCACCAUCACCAAGCUUGCCAAAUUUGCCACCAUUGUGCCCUGGUGGUGGGGCAGGUGGUUCGGUUGAUGAUAUGAGCAUAGCUAGUUUCCAUGCCCCGCAACAAGCGCAACCAACUACGACGAGCAUUAUUACGGGCCGAAAUAAGGCAACACCAAUGCAAAUUCGUUGCAAGUUUGGUUCUUUAGGUACAUCGAAGGGCCAGUUCAAUUCUCCGCAUGGCUUUUGCUUGGGCGUCGAUGAGGAAAUCAUUGUGGCCGAUACGAACAAUCAUCGCAUUGAAAUUUUUGACAAGUCGGGUAAUUUGAAAUUUUACUUCGGAGUACCUGGUAAGGAAGAAGGUCAAUUGUGGUAUCCGCGCAAAGUUGCUGUUAUGCACACAAACGGCAAAUUUGUUGUCUGUGAUCGUGGCAACGAACGUUCACGCAUGCAGAUCUUCUCAAAAAGUGGCCAUUUUAUGCGCAAAAUUGCCAUACGAUACAUUGAUAUUGUUGCUGGUCUGGCAGUUACAUCGAAAGGACAUAUCGUUGCCGUUGACAGUGUUUCCCCUACUGUGUUUGUUAUAUCGGAAGAUGGUGAAUUGGUGCGUUGGUUCGAUUGCAGCGAUUACAUGCGCGAACCAUCCGACAUUGCCAUUAGAGACAACGACUUUUACGUUUGUGACUUUAAGGGUCACUGCGUUGCCGUCUUUCACGAGGAUGGCACAUUCCAAUAUCGUAUAGGCAAUGAGAAGGUUACAUGCUUCCCCAAUGGAAUCGAUAUAUCAAAUGCUGGAGAUAUAUUAAUCGGAGAUUCCCAUGGUAAUCGCUUCCAUGUUGCUUGCUAUUCGCGUGAUGGUGUUCUUCAAUCGGAGUUUGAAUGUCCACAUGUCAAGGUAUCCCGUUGCUGUGGUCUUAAAAUAACAUCGGAGGGUUAUGUUGUGACAUUGGCCAAGAAUAACCAUCAUGUUUUAGUGCUCAAUACACUAUAUGUUCAGUGAUUGCAAAAAAAGAAAUCUCUCAAUGCGAGACUUGAUUUAUUACCGUAUGGAAAAACUACAACAGUUAGCAAAUCUCACCAAACACACCAACAACAACAACAAACGCAAUCGCAUCUUCAACAACAGCAGCAGCAGCAGCACCAACACCAUCAUCAUCAAUCGUUGCGUGCUACAGUUUUUCCAGCAAUGAAUGGCAGUCAUUGUGCAAACACUCCAAUAACGGUAGCUGCUACAGCUGCAGCCAAUUCAAUCGGAGCAACAUCAGGCACAGCCGCAGUAGUAACACCAACAGCAUCAUCAUCAGCAACAGCAGCAGCAGCAAGUACAUCUGUAAACUUCAAUUUGCCUUUGAUUAGCAAGCAUCAGCUUUAUAAAACUAAUACUGAAAAUAGUGAUAAUGGUGAACAAACAAAAUUACAACUUAUAGAUUAUGAUGAAAUUUAAGGCAAUAAUAUUUUUGUAUUAUUUUCUUUGAAAAAACAGAAAAAGCAAAAAAAAAAAAAAACAUAUUUUUAACAUGAUGAUGAUAACAACGCCUCCAAAGAUACGACGAAAUUUUGAAUUUACGCCGCCAAAAGCCAAAAAGAAAAAAAAACGUAAAAACAAAACAAUUUAUUUUUUUUACACCUCUUCUUACUACAUACUACUACUUUAUUAUAAAUUAUUAUAUUCUACAUCGUUUUACACUUUACAAUUUUUAAUGUAGUUAAACAAUUACAAAAAAAGAAGGCCGUUUUUAUAUACAAAACAAAUAUUUUUAGCUUUUAUGAAGAGAUUUUUUUUUAUAAUUUAAUUUGUUUCUUUCCUUCUGUGUAUAUUACUUAAAAAAAAACAAACAAACAAAACAAAAAAGAUUUUACAGUAGAAUUUAAAGUUGCAUAUUUCCAUAUACGCCAAAAAAAUUUAUGAUAUUUUUCUUGUAUACGGAAAGGUUGCCCUUUUAGAUUCGACGAUAUUAAUUAUGAGAUGGAACGGAACACACACAGACACAUACACAUAUACAUAAUUGCCACAAGACAUCUGAAAGAAAGAAAGAAAAAAAAACACAUGUUCUUUUCGAAACAAAUCUCAAGCCCUUACAAAUACAAUUAUAAUAUUUUGAUCUCUUUCUAUUCAAUUUUUUUUAUUUAAUAUCCAAACAUCAUUAUUUUAUUUCAUAGAACAAUUUGAAAUUUUGAGAAAAAUUAAAUACUUUUUUUUUUCUUUUUUAAAUUUGCCUUUGUAAAGAACGAAAACUUAAAACAAAAUAUUAAAUAUUUUUUAUUUUUUCAAAAACGCUGCAAUGGUUUACAAUAAACUGAACACAAUUCUUGCAAAAGAAUAAUAGCAAACAAGAAUCAACUUAAUAAAUAUUGUUAUUUAAUUUUUUUACAUUUUUUUUUGUUACGUUUUCCUUUUUUAUGAUAAUUUAAAAUCAAAAGAAAAAUGUAUUUACUUUGAUGAAAACUAUUUACAUACAUACAUACCGCUGUUUUCAUGAAGAAAUGUAUGUUAAUUUUUAUUUUAGCCAACACAUUAUAUUCCUUUUUUUUAAUUAAUUAAUACAUACUUAUAAAAUAAUAAUUUCCCCACGUUAUUUUUUAAAUAAGGCUGGUUUUCCAAGACAUUAUUUUUAUUUACUCACUCACUUGUGUGUUAUCUAUAUACAUAUAAUAUAUAUACAUAUAUUUUAUUUUUAAUUAAAAAUAAAAAAAAACAUUGUUAACUUUUUAAAUUAUUAAUUAACUACACAUCUACAAACUAUUUACAUAAAAAAAAACAAACAAAAAACGAAGAAAAAAAAAAAACAAAAAUAUUUAAACAUGUUUUAAUAAUGUUAAAUAUUUUAACACAACAAAACAACAACAAAUUUUAAACGUGAAACAAAGAAAACCCUUAUAAUUUAUAAUACAAUACCAUAUAUAUAUAUAUACAUAAAAUGUUUAAUUUUAUUUUAACUUACGUGUUUCAAAUAUUUUCUUGUCAUUUUGUAUUUUUUUUUUUAAUUUUUUAUAUUUAUUUAAUUUUUGUUUCAACCAAGAAAAAAUAUACAUAUAGAUAUACAUAUAUGAUUUUCAAAUGUAUUUAUAAAAUUUCCUUUUUUCGUUUUGUAAACAUUAUAAUACAUUUUUUUUGUUCUACUAAUGCUAAUAAAUUAAAACGAACGAAAACAAAGAAAAUUGAACUAGCUUAAAGAAACAAAACAAAACAAAAAAAAAAAAACAUAUUUUGUGCGCGAGGCUGUAGUUUUUAAUUGAUGAAAAGCAAAAGAAGAGAAAAAGGAAUAAGAAAAACAAAAACAAAACACAAAAUAAAAAUCAAUACCAAUCAUACCUUUUUACUACUAUAUAAGCAUUAACAACGAUUACAAGAAUUACCCAAAAGCAAUCCUUUUUAAGAAAAAUACAUACAAACAUGGCAUACAUAUAUAAUUUUAAGUAGUACCAAAUGUAGCGUUUCUCUUCGAAAUUUUAAACAACACAUACACACACACAGAAACAUCAGACUUAUAAAAUUUUGAAACCGUCGCGUCGUCAUUAUUUUCGUAUAGACUAAGAUUAGUUUGCUUUUGUGUUGUUAUAACCUAUAGUUUUUAUUUAUUAUAAAAUACUUUUUAUUAUGUCAUAUGUAAUUUUGUCUUUAACAAAAGAGCAAAGUGGUUAGUUAGUCUCUCUCUCUUUCUCAUCAAAAAAAAAAGGCAAAUUUUCAUGUACAUUUGUAAUGUUUGGCUGUUCAAAGAUGUAGUGUUUUUUUAUUAUUAUUAUAAUUAUCUUUAUUUUUAAACUUAGUCAUGAAUUUUUUAGGGAUUUUUAUUUUAAU